GCGCGCGGGGCGUAGAACCUAGUCGACCCGUAGUGACCUGCCGGGUGUUUUGUACCUUCUUAAGUAGAGCGCGUCUUGGUUUACGCACGGUCAUGUGUUCUCUCAGUAAUCCUGGCUGCGCCUCGACCGGCCUCACCAAGCCGCCCUUUCACGCCACUCGUGGGAAGCUAAGCCACCCACUCCCACACAGCUUUCAAGGAGGAAACAGCUGGCUCUGUCCGGAAUGGCCACUGUCUCUAUCAACUGCUACCACCUGCACCUUUCCAUGCUCCUCCCGUAUGAAAAUUCAAGCUCCAGAAAACCUUCCCUGAUUCCCUGCAAUCUGUGUUAAGACCACUCCAGUGUGCUGCGGUUGCUUCUCUGCAUUUACCGUGCUGUGCUUAACGCGCUACCGGACACAUAGUGGGUGCUCAAUAAAUGAACAGGCAACCUCGAGUCAUUUCUUUCAUUCACUCAGUCAACACACAGAAAUAACUCCGAGAGCCUUCUUUACCCAUUCUCAAGCAUUAUCUAAGAGCUUUUGAUACAUUAUCUCUUUAAUCCUCCCAACAACCGUGUGAGGAGAUGCUUUUAUUGUCCACAUAGUAAAGAUAAGGAAAGUGAAACACAGAGUCACACAGUUACAGGAAGCCCAACCAGAGGCAAGUGCGCCUGCACAGCAGGCGGAGCCUCAGAUGGCUCUCAAAACACCUGGCUCUGGGCUGAAAUGAACUACCCAAGAACCCGGGUUAGCUUUCCCUGAACUGCAGAGGGGGCUGGCAGGUCACUGGCCUGACUUUUUCAUUCACUAAAUAUUUAUUGGCAUUGCUGCUAGGCACUGAAAUAUAAAUGUCACAAAAGCUCUCCCUUCAAAGGGUCUUCAGUGGAAACAGACAUGUUUAAUCAUGACAGUACAGUGAGAUAAGUGUUUCAAUAUCUAAUGGAGAUUGCAGUAGGUUGCCUGGAAGAAGAUUAGGUUAACAUUGCCUGUUGGAUGAGAGUUGGAAACUGGAGAUGGGAGAUCUAGGAAGGCUUCUGGUGGAGGCGAUACUUUCACUUUUUUGAAGAACAAGUGAGAGUUUUUUAGGCAGAAAGACUAGAAGAGAAAGGGAGCAGACCCAGAUGCAUGGCACUGUGUGGGCCCUCCAGAGAAUCAUGGAUGGCUUGAGCAGCAGAGUUCAGAUAGAAGAUUUUCAAGGGAUGACAACAAAAGGAAAGGAAGGGUCUUAUAUACCUGGCAGAGCGCCUCCUGAGAGAAUCCUCUACCCUUAUUAUCAUUGGGAUAAUGUAAAUGAAUGAACAUGGAACAUUGUAAAGCUCAGUAGAAAUACAGGAUACUGUGACUAUUAGCCCCAUGGCUUCUGUGUGCUCCCUGAGUUAGAAUGUGACAAUAAUGGAGUCAGAGGCCGGAGUCAGCCCCCAAAGACUUGCCCCUAUUUCAGAUCCUCAGAUGUACUUUCUAACCCAGUGGCUGUCUUGCAGGUGGGGUUUGUUGGUUAACAGACUUGAGAGCCAUCAUGACUCAAGGAUCAUAGUUUGAGGUCAGAGCCCCCACGAUCAGAAAAGGAGCACAGGGGACUUCCCUGGUGGCGCGGUGGAUAAGACUCCAAGCUCCCAAUGCAGGGGGCCGGGGUUCGAUCCCUGGUCAGGGAACUAGAUCCCACAUGCAUGCUGCAACUAAGGAGCCCACGUGCCGCAACUAAGGAGCCCACGUGCCGCAACUAAGACCAGGUGCAACCAAAUAAAUAAAUAUUAAAAAAAGAAAAAGGAGCACAAAAUUUUGUUCCUUUUUAAGUUUUCACUUUGAAAUAAUUACAGACCCACAGGGAGUUGCAAAAGUAGUACUUAGAGACCUGUGCAUCUUCACUCAGUUUCCCCCAGUGGUAACAUCUUACAUAGCUAUAGUAUAAUAUCAAAAUCAGGAAAUCGAUAUUGGUACAGUGCACAAAGGCUUUUUGAAGACAUCCUAGAAACUUCUUACAAAACUGAGUGAAGGCUCUACAGACCCUGCAUUUUACAAAAUCCUCAUUGGCUAUUUUAUUACAAAAGUUAUAGCUCAUAGUUCAAAAAAUCAAUUCAUACCACUGGACAAAUGACAGAAAGCUUACAGAAAAAAAUCAAGAUGGCUUUUUACACUGGAAAAAAAGUCAUUUAUAACUUUUAAAAUAUGCAAAUUAAACUUGCAAUGAGAUAACAUGUUUUCUUCUCAGAUUUAAAAGUCUGAUAAUACUGUGUUGAUCUGACAUUGGGUAACAGGCACUGGAAAAUGUUUCUGCAGAAAGUAAAUCGGUACAAUCUUGUUGGAGGGCAAUUUGAAAAGACCCAGCAUUUAUCCUUCUGGGAAUUUAUUAUAAUACAUGCAUGUGUGCAGAAUGACAUAUUUAUAAGGAUAUUCGUUGCAGUGACGCUAAUUAUAGUGAAAAGACAGGAAUAGUCUACAUUCUAUCUAUAGGAGACUGACUCAAAAAAGCCACAGAAGGAAGUAUUGUGCAGCCAUGAAAGUGGAAGAAGCUCUUUAUGUAGUGACAUGUAACAAAAUUCAAGAUACAUUGUUAAAGAAAAAAGUGAGGCUCAGAACCGUAUAUAAUGUUUGCUAUCAUUUGUGUUUAAAAAGUUGGAGGGAUGGGGAGAAAUACACACACAUAUCUGACCUGGCAUGUGCAUAAAAUAUCUCUGGAAAGAUACACAAGGGAAUGUGAAGAGGGUCGUCGCUGAGGAGGAGAACUCAGGGAGACUAGUUUUAAAACAUCUUGUUUUAAAAGUAUGAGCUAUUUGUUAUAUUAAUUUACCUUGCAUCUUUUUAAAAUAUUUUAUUUUUGGCUGCAUUGGGCCUUUGUUGCUGCAUGUGGGCUUUCUCUAGUUGCAGCGAGUGGGCACUACUCUUCAUUGUGGUGCAUGGGCUUCACAUUGCGGUGGCUCCUCUUGUUGCAGAGCACGGGCUCCAGGCGUGAGGGCUUCAGUAGUUGUGGCACGAGGGCUCAGUAGUUGUGGCUCGCGGAUUCUAGAGGGCAAGCUUAGUAGUUGUGGCACAUGGGCUUAGCUGCUCCGCGGCAUGUGGGAUCUUCCCGGACCAGAGAUUGAAGCUGUGUCCCCUGCAUUGGCAGGCGGAUUCUUAACCACUGCGCCACCAGGGAAGCCCCAUCUUUUUGUUUUAAAGAAAUAAUGCCUCCAAUCUCCUUUGCUUCCUUCCCUACCAAGAGGUAACCUCUAUUCCUGAAUUUGGUAUUUGUCCUCCUCUUGAAUGUUUUUUAACAUAGUACAUAUUACUACAUAUGUAAUACAUAUUAUAACAUGUGUGUAUGUAUCCAUAUGUAUGUAUCCAUAAACAAUAUAUCACAUUGUUUUGCAUGUUAGACUUUUCAUUCUGCAGUAUGCUUUUUUACUUAAGAUCUUGAAAAUAUUUACCCAUGUUGAUACAUGUAGCUCUUAUUCAUUCAUUUAAAGCACUGUAUAGUAUUCCAGUGCUUGAAUAUAGCCCAGCUCAUCCAUUUCUCCGCUGAUGGACAUUUAGAUUAUUUCCCAGUUCUUCAAACAGUGCUUCAAGUCACAUUCCUUUUUAUGUCUCCUUGCCCACCUGUGGAAAAGUUUCUCUAGGCCAGCAAGCAUCAAACAUAUUUUUGCCACAUCCUCUUAGCAGGAAAAAUAUUUUUGCUGUGCACCCCUAAAAUAUGAAUAUGUAUUUAUUUAUGAAAUACAUAUGUGAACCACUAUUCCAAAUUAGUAUGUCCAUCAUAAGAUAUACAAAAAGAUAACUGUAAAAAGGGCAAUUGAAAAAAGAAGGAAAUAAUAUAUUACAAAUAUUUAUUUAUUUGUAGUACAAAAAUCAUUAGUGAGGGACUUCCCUGGUGGUCCAGUGGCUAAGCUCCACACUCCCAAUACAGGGGGCCCGGGUUUGAUCCCUGGUCAGGGAACUAGAUCCCGCACGCCGCAACUAAGACCCAGUGCAGCCAAAUAAAUAAGUAAAUAUUUUUUUAAAAAAAUCUUUAGUGAAAAUAAUGUGGCUGAAUAUGCUUCAUUACUUUCCCACUUAUUAUGUAUUAUUUAUUUAAAAUUUUAAUUGUGGCAAAAUGCCCAUAAUAUAAAAUUUGCCAUCUGAACCACUUUUAAAUGUACAGUUCAGUAGUGUUAAGGAUUCAUUACUGGCAAGAGUUUCUCUUGAACUUCAGUGAUUUUCUCACCCAUUGACCAGCUGACUCUCCUAUUGAACCUGAGAGUUUGUACUCACACUUGUGUGUGAGUCAUUAGGAUUAUUUGUAAUCUUAAUCUUGCUUCUUUGGAGGAAUCUUGUUAAGCCUCUUGUUCACUUUUGGGGGCUAGGAAAAUCCAAAUAGCAUAAUCUGUAAUUCCAUUUAUCUGGGGAUUUGUAAACUGUGGAGAACAGUGAAAAACACGUCGCCAAACCCUGAAAAGAAAACACAGACAACCCCUCCAAAUAUGAAGCUCCCUUACCCUUUACCCAUAUAACUCACUUGCUUUACUUCAUAACCCAGGAUCUCUGACAAGAGCACAGAGAGGGCGCCAGCAUCAGUCUGUUUCCUAAAGAUUAGUAAAACUUACUUUUUUUCUUUUGGAUAAAAAAAUAUAUUUAAAUACUAAUGCUUCCUUUUGGCACCUCUGUGAUUAUCUCGUGUCUGAGGGGUGCACAUCUCUCUUUGGAGACCAGGAUAUACCUAGAAACAGAAUUGCUGAGUUGAAGGGCAUAAACCUUGUGGAUAUCACCAUAUUGCUGUCCCAAGGGCUUGUCCCAGUUUGCAUUCCCACCCUUGCCUUCACAUUUUUACUAAAACUUGCUUUUAAUAUACUUUAAUUUUUGCCAGUCAAAGGGGUGUGAAAGAGCAUCUAAUUUAACUUGCAUUACUAGUUUAAUUUGCAUUUAACUACUAGUGAGUCUGAGCACUUUUAAUACAUUUAUCAGCCAUUAAAAUUUCCUCAUCUUUUAUCAGCUUGAUGCUUUGUGACAAUCUAGAGGGGUGGGAUAGGGAAGGUGGGAGGGAGGCUCAAGAGGGAGGGGAUAUAGGGAUGUAUAUAUACAUAUAGCUGAUUUACUUUGUUUUUUUGUUUGUUAAUUUUUAUUUAUUUAUUUAUGCCUGUGUUGGGUCUUCAUUGCUGCGCACAGGCUUUCUCUAGUUGCAGCGGGCGGGGGCUGCUCUUCCUUGCGGUGCACGGGCUUCUCACUGCAGUGGCUUCUCUUGUGGACUACGGGCUCUAGGCGCUCAGGCUUCAGUAGUUUUGGCCCACGAGCUCAGUAGUUGUGGCACACGGGCUUAGUUGCUCCGCGGCAUGUGGGGUCUUCCCGGACCAGGGAUCAAACCCAUGUCCCCCGCAUUGGCAGGCGUAUUCUUAACCACUGCGCCACCAGGGAAGUCCCAGCUGAUUUACAUUGUUGUACAGCAGAAACUAACACAACAUUGUAAAGCAGUUACACUCCAAUAAAGAUACAAAAGAAAAAAAAGAAAAUGAGCAAAAGACAUGAAGAUAUUUUACCAAAUAAGAUACACAAGUGGCAAAUAAGCACAUAACAAGGUGUUCAACAUCAUUAGCCAUAAAAGAAAUGCAAAUAAAAAACACUCUGAGUGAAAAAAGUAAAAAAAAAAUGUCCUCAUCUUUGAAUUGCCUGUUUAUAUCCCUUGUGGGUUUUUCUAUUGGAUCAUUUGUUUGUCUUUGCCAUGCUAAUUUGUAGGAGUCUACUUUUUCUUUUUUCUAAUUUUUUCAUUAAUUUCAUUAAUUUUUCUUAAUUUCAUUAAUUUCUAUCCUUUAGUAUUUCUGACCAUCUGUAAUCUUUGGGUGUACUCUUCAUUUUCUGACCUCUCAAGGUGAACACUUAGCUGAUUCCUUUUCAGUCUGUCUUAUUUUCUAAUAUAGCAUAUAUAUUUAAGGUCAUACAUUUCUCUCUGGUUACUUAGCUGAAUUUUACAACUUUUUAAAAGGAAUCUCGCAGCUUUUGAUAUAUUGUUUUUCAUUGUAGCAGUUCUAGAUAUGUUACAAUUUCCACUGUAAUUGUUUUAUUCUCCUAUCAUGAAUUAUUUAGAAAUGUGGUUUUUUAAAUUCCAGAGUAGUGCAUUUUGUUUUAUCCUUUAACAAACAAGCAAAAAACUUAACCUUUUUGUUUUUGGUUUCUAACUUCAUCAUAUCGUGGUCAUAGGAUGUGUUCUGUAUGAUGGCGAUUUUUUGGUAUCGGUUGGUACUUUAGUGGCAUAGUAUGUCAAUUUUUAUAAUGUUCCAUGUGUACUUGAACAUAUUUUCUAAUAUUUAUAUAUUAAUGUUUGUUAGUUAUAUCAUUGAAUCUUUUAUAUGUUGCUAAUGUCGUUUUAUUUUUGUUUCAUCUAUCAUCUGUUUUUUGGAGAAAAGUAUCUUAAAAUGUCCAGUAUAUUUGUAGAUUUUACAGUCUUCCCUUGUAUUUCUGGCUUAAAUAUUUUGAUGUUGUUAGAGUCAUAUAAGUACCAGGUUAUUUCGUCCCUGGCAAAUUGUUUAUCGUCAAGAAAUGACACCUGUAUUCCUAAUAAUCCUUUAUCUCUUGAAAUCUAUCCUGUCAGAUUUUAAUAUCACUGUAUCAGUUUUCCAUUUUGCCCUACACUGAGAGGCAGCAGAGAGCAAUGUUAAGAGCAUGGACUCUGAAGUCAGGUUGCUGGGGUUCAAAUCCCAGCACUGACACCUUCUAGCUGUGUGACCUCAAGCAGGUUUUAACCUCAGUGUUCCCAUGUAUAAAAUGGGUGCAGUUACUACCUACCUCAAAGGAUUAUUAUGAGGAUUAAACUAAUAACUAUUUUUUUAACCUAAUUACUAUUUUUAAAGCACUUUGAACAUCAUAGUAAGCACUCCAUGUGUAUUUGUAAAAUUAAAUAAUUAAACAUAUAUAUGUGCAGCCCUUUUCUGUGUCACUAUUUUAUAGGUAUUUGUCUGACAAACACCAUAUAGCUGCUAGAUACUGUAAUGCUGCAGUAGAUACCUUUAUUACAUAAGUCAUAUCCCAUAUGUCUGAGUGUAUCUGUAGAAUAACUCCUAGAAAUGGGAUUGCUGGGUGGAAAGAUAUGUGCAUUUGUAAUUUUGCUAGAUAGUGCCAAAUUGCCUUACAUAGGAGUCUGGUGCAACCCCAAUGUAAGGCAAUUUGGCACUAUCUAGCAAAAUCGAUCUUUGCCAGGCUGUUAAGUGAAAAAUGGUAUUUCAGUAUAGAUGUAAUUUGCAUUUCUCUUACUUUAAGUGAGGUUGAGCAUAUUUGAAUGCUCUUUGUAUUUCCUUUUCUGUGAAUGUGCCUCUACCCAUUUUCAAUUCGGUGGUUGAUCUUUUCUGGAUCUAUUUGUUAAAGUUUUUUAGAUAUUGGGAAAUCAGUCCUUGUUCUAUGAUAUAAGCUGAUUUUUUUUUUCUAAGCACUUCCUCUCAGGAAUCAAGAAAAACAAUGAGAGAGAACAACUUGAAUUAUUAUCUCAAAAUAUUUUUGCCGAGUGGUAAAUGCUCCCUUUUUCUGUUCACAGACUUUGUGCUAAACACAUCUUUAAUCUUUAAAACCUCACUUCCUGGUAGAUACUAUCUUCACUUUACAAAUGAAAAAACUGAAGAUCAGAGAGAUUUUUUUUUUUUUUCACUCAUUCAACAAAUAUUCAUUAAGAACCUACUAAAUUGGGCUUCCCUGGUGGCGCAGUGAUUGAGAGUCCGCCUGCCGAUGCAGGGGAUACAGGUUCGUGCCCCGGUCCGGGAAGAUCCCACAUGCCGCGGAGCGGCUCGGCCCGUGAGCCAUAGCCUGCGCGUCCGGAGUCUGUGCUCUGCAACGGGAGAGGCCACAACAGUGAGAGGCCUGAGUACCGCAAAAAAAAAAAAAAAAAAAGAACCUACUAAAUUCUAGGGGCUUCCCUGGUGGCACAGUGGUUAAGAAUAUGCCUGCCAAUGCAGGGGACACGGGUUCGAGCCCUGGUCUGGGAAGAUCCCACAUGUCGCAGAGCAACUAAGCCCGUGCGCCACGACUACUGAGCCUGUGCUCUAGAGCCCGUGAGCCACAACUACUGAGUCCGUGUGCCACAACUACUGAAGCCCAUGCACCUAGAGCCCGUGCUCCGCAACAAGAGAAGCCACUGCAAUGAGAAGCCUGUGCACUGCAACAAGGAGUAGCCCCUGCUCACUGCAGCUAGAGAUAUCCUGCGCGCAGCAAAGAAGACCCAAUGCAGCCAAAAAUAAAAUAAAUAAAUAUUUUUAAAAAUUAAAAACAAAGAACCUACUAAAUUCUUUAUUUAGGGGAUAUAGCAGUGAGUAAAACAGAAAAGUUCCUUGUUCUAUGGACUUACAUUCUAGGGUGGAAAUAUAGACCACAAACAAGAAAACAAAUUAGAUACUUUCUGAUAGUGGUAAGUGCUGUGAAGAAAAUAAACCAAAAUGGUGUAACUGACAAGGAAUGGGGGCGCUACUGUUAGGUUGGGUGGUCUCAGAAGUCCUAGCUGGAAAAAAAAUGAGAUUUGAUCUGAUGCCUAAAAGGAAAGAGAAGAUCUGGGAAAUGGAACUGUUAGUGCAAAGGCCCUAAAGCAGGAACGAGCUAGGCUUGUUCAACACUCAGAGAGGUUUGGUCUGAGGAGCAAACUGGGAAAGCCACUCGGAGUUUUUGAAAAGGAGGGUAAUAUGAUGUGAUUUUGUCAGUGAGGAUAAGGUAGGUUCUGGUUUUAGGCCCUUUUCCAUUUUUUAAAAUGGAGAAUGCUAGGGCUUCCCUGGUGGUGCAGUGGUUGAGAGUCCGCCUACCGAUGCAGAGGACAUGGGUUCGUGCCCCGGUCCAGGAAGAUCCCACAUGCCGCGGAGCGGCUGGGCCCGUGAGCCAUGGCCACUGAGCCUGCGCGUCCGGAGCCUGUGCUCCGCAACGGGAGAGGCCACGACAGUGAGAGGCCCGCGUACAGAGAAAAAAAAAAAAAAAAAGGAGAAUGCCAAACAGCUUUUUUGCUUAUGUGUGUAUUUGUUAUUUAUUGCUGUGUAACAAAUCACCCAAAAUUUAAUGACUUAAAACAACACUAAUCAUUUAUUUUCUCUGGGUUUCUGCGGGCCUGCAGUUUGGGAGCAGCUUGGCUGGGAUUUUAUGACUUGGGAUCUCUUGUGAGGUUGCAGUCAUCUGAAAGCUAGACUAAGGCUGAAGGAUCUGCUUGCCAGAUGGCUCCAUCACAGGAUGGGUAAGUUGGGGCCAGCUCUUAGCAGGAAGCCUCCAUUCCUCUCCACGCAAGCCCCUCCACAGGCAUACUUGAGCGUCCUCAUGUCAUGGCUGCUGGCUUCCCCCAUAUCAGGUGAUCUAAGAAACAGCAGUACAGAUACUGAAAUAUCUUUUAUGAGCUAGCCUCAGAAGCCACACAUUAUUAUUUCCUCAAUACUCUAUUGGUACAUAGCCCUGUUGGAUGUGGGCAUGCUAUCAGGAGUCGAGGAUAGUCAAUGCAGGCCAUUUUGGAGACCGGCUACCACAAUGUGGGUAUCUUUAAAUUUAUACUAAUAUAUAUUUUUUAUGUAUUUGUGUGUAUAUAUAUUCUUAUAAAAUCAUAUUUGAUAUUUACCAUCUUAGGAAUUAAACCAAAAUUUUAAAAUACUAGUUUGUUCAUUUAAAAAUAAGCCCUCUGAGAUGGGAUAGGGAGGGUGGGAGGGACGCUCAAGAGGGAGGGGAUAUACAUAUAGCUGAUUCACUUUGUUGUACAGCAGAAACUAACACAACAUUGUAAAGCAAUUAUACUCCAAUAAAGAUGUGAAAAAAAAUAAAAAUAAAAAAUAGGUGGGGCUUCCCUGGUGGUACAGUGGUUGAGAGUCCGCCUGCCUAUGCAGGGGACACGGGUUCGUGCCCCGGUCCAGGAAGAUCCCACAUUCCGCGGAGCGGCUAGGCCCGUGAGCCAUGGCCAUUGAGCCUGCGUGUCUGGAGCCUGUGCUCCGCAAUGGGAGAGGCCACAACAGUGAGAGGCCCAUGUACCGCAAAAAAAAAAAAAAAAAAAAAAAAAAAAAUAGGGACUUACCUGGUGGCGCAGUGGUUAAGAAUCUGCCUGCCAAUGCAGUGGACACGGGUUGGAGCCCUGUUCCAGGAAGAUCCCACAUGCCACGGAGCUACUAAGCCCAUGUGCCACAACGAUUGAGCCUGCACUCAGAGCCCUCGAGCCACAGCUACUGAGCCUGUGUGCCACAACUACUGAAGCCCACACGCCUAGAGCCCAUGCUCUGCAACAAGAGAAGCCACCGCAAUGAGAAGCCUGCGCACCACAACGAAGAGUAGCCCCCGCUCGCUGCAACUAGAGAAAGCCCACAUGCAGCAACGAAGACCCAACACAGACAAAAAUAUAAAUAAAUAAAUAAAUUUUUUAAAAAUAAAAAUAAGCCCUCUGAGGGACUUCCCUGGUAGCACAGUGGUUAAGAAUCUGCCUGCCAGUGCAGGGGACACGGGUUCAAUCCCUGGUCCGGGAAGAUCCCACAUGCCGCAGAGCAACUAAGCCCAUGCGCCACAACCACUGAUCCUGUGUGCCACAGCUACUGAAGCCCGCGCGCCUAGAGCCCGUGCUCCACAACAAGAGAAGCCACUGCAAUGAGAAACCCGCACGCAGCAACGAAGACCCAACGCAGCUAAAAAUAAAUAAAUAAAUACUUUUUAAAAUAAAUAAAAAUAAGCCCUCUGUGUAUUAACAUAGAUGAUGCAUUUUUAAUGGAAAUAGAAGAAUGGCAUUAUUGUACAUUUCUGCAAAUCUCUUUAAUACCUGAUUUAACAGAAGAGUGUUGGAUUCUCAUUUUUGCCUCUGCAUACUCCACUGAACAUUCAUGAGAGAAAGAGAGCAAAAAUGGAUAAUGAGCAUUUGGUGCCCUGAGAGUGAAGCUACAGGAGUGGACCUUUCUUGGGAUAACCAAACCUAUGCCAAGAGAACAGGCUGGAGACAGGUUCUGUGGUGUUCUUGGUCACCCAUUUAUGGAAUUUCAGAAGGGCAGUGGAGAUUACUGCCAGGCCCAGCAUGACCUCUGUGCAGACAAGUGAACUGUAGAAAUUCAUUACUACUCCACCGAGAAGCCCCCAUAAAAGUGGCUAACCUGGACACGGAAGCAUGGAACUGAAAUCCUCAGAGCAUUGUACUUCCUUUCUACUGCCUCAGUAUUACUGGAUUGAAGAAUUGCUGCUUUUUGUUAGGAGGUUCAUUUCAUUUCCCAUUACUCCCAAUUUCAUACUCAAAAGCACUGAGAAUUUCAAGUGCAGUAUAUUGAAGUAGACUCAGUUUCUUUGCAUCAUUUCUGUAUUCAAUUUUAAAAAUUCUUUCAUAACCCUAUUGAGUGUUUUUUAACUAAAUUAACAUGGCUCAAAUGAUCCAUGUGGAAGUCACUUACAAGAACAUGAGAUUUCUUAUUACACACAAUCCAACAAAUGUGACCUUAAGCAAAUUUAUAGAGGACCUUAAGAAGUGUGGAGUUACCACAAUAGGAAGACUAUGUGAAGCAACUUAUGACACUACUCUCGUGGAGAGAGAAGGCAUCCAUGUUCUCGACUGGCCUUUUGACGAUGGCGCACCACCAUCUAAUCAGAUUGUUGAUGAUUGGUUAAGUCUUGUGAAAAUUAAGUUCCGUGAAGACCCUGGUUGUUGUAUUGCCAUUCAUUGUGUUGCAGGCCUUGGGAGAGCUCCCGUGCUUGUCGCCCUAGCAUUAAUUGAAGGUGGAAUGAAAUAUGAAGAUGCAGUACAGUUCAUAAGACAAAAGCGGCUUGGAGCUUUUAACAGCAAGCAACUUUUGUAUUUGGAGAAGUAUCGUCCUAAAAUGUGGCUGUGCUUCAAAGACUCCAAUGGUCAUAGAAACAACUGUUGCCUUCAGUAAAACUGGGGUGCCUGAUGCCAUUGCUUGGAAGUGGAAACUAGACGGGAUGGAAUUUGUCAUACGUGUUAGCCAGCACGUUGGCUUGGUGAAGUCUGAGGAAGCUUCCAUAGGAGUGUUGAAAAGC